ACCAUUAAGCAAACUUAAAUUCUGCAGAUUUUUGCUUCAACUGUUUAUUCUCAGCUAAAGCCUCAAGGUUGCGCUGUUACACUUCUGUAGGUUUGAAGAAGAAAAAAGGAAAAUGAACGGCAGGCUAGUGAGUGAUGAGGAGGAUCCACGACUGCUGCUCUCCUCUCUCCCAGUCUAGACAUCACAUCAUUUACCCGAGCCGGCAAAUUAGUUAGCUGCUUCCAUUUGUUUUGGACAAAAUGUCUACCACAGCCGGCGGCGGGGAGUUUGGCAACCCUCUACGGAAGUUUAAGCUCGUUUUCCUGGGCGAGCAGAGUGUGGGGAAGACCUCCCUCAUCACCAGGUUCAUGUAUGACAGCUUUGACAACACUUACCAGGCAACAAUUGGUAUUGACUUCUUGUCAAAAACCAUGUACCUAGAAGAUCGCACGAUUCGGCUGCAGCUUUGGGACACAGCAGGACAGGAGCGCUUCCGCAGCCUCAUCCCGAGUUACAUCCGAGACUCGGCCGCUGCAGUUGUGGUUUAUGACAUAGCCAAUCUAAACUCCUUCCAACAAACCUCAAAGUGGAUCGAUGACGUUCGAACAGAGAGAGGAAGCGAUGUCAUUAUCAUGCUUGUUGGCAACAAAACAGACCUGGCGGAUAAAAGGCAAGUUUCUGUUGAGGCGGCAGAGAGGAAAGCUCGUGAGCUGAAUGUGAUGUACAUAGAGACCAGCGCCAAGGCUGGCUAUAACGUCAAACAGCUGUUCCGUCGUGUGGCGGCCGCACUGCCUGGAAUGGACAGCACAGCGGAGAAGAGCAAAGAAGACAUGAUCGACAUCAAGCUGGAGAAGCAGCCGGAGAUGACGGUCACCGAGAGCAGCUGCUCGUGCUAGUACACAACAACCCCCACCUCCUGUCUCCCCCCGAGCUCACCGACUCCACAGAGGACCGGGUUUCGUCAUCCCCCCCCCCCCCCAACACACACACACCACCACCACCCACCAUUCUACUCACCUCAGCGACGUUUCACAGUCUCCACGUGGAUGUGCAUCCAAACAUUGAAAUGGAAGGAAUUAGCUGACAUGUUUUCAUCCAGUUGCAUGGCAUAGCUAGACGCUUAUUGGGUUAUUGCACAAGCUCACGUUCUGUGCUCUUUUCGUCGUUGUUGUAAAGUGCGACGUUUGGUUCUCUGCUUCUUUUUUUUUUUUAUAGAGAAGUUUGCCUGACGCUCUGAGAUAGCUGCUUGUUUCUCAACUUGUAUUUUAAGGAAGUAGAGACAGGAUUUUACUAAGCAUCACACUUCACACACAAGAUUUUGUCUCACUUCAUCAUGCACUCAUAAGUUAAGGAGGUUCUAAAUAGAGCUUCAAAGUGCAAAAAGAAGAAAUGGGAGUGACACAAACAAAGAAGCAAAAGUGAAAGCUAAAUGUUGCAAUAGCUGCACAGUUCUUGUUGAUGAGGUGAAACAUGGCUGUGGUCGUGCUUGAUGCCAGUGUUUCCAGGAGGCUAGUGGGAAUGUUGCUCCAGGUGCUGAAGAUGGCUUCACUGUCUGGAACUCAUGUCCACUUUUGUAAAUCCAUCCCCAAAUGUUCUUCGUUGGAUUUGGAUGAGGGGAACACGCAGGAUGGUCCAAAAGAGUGAAGUGCAGCGUUGUCCUGUUGAAAAAGCCAGUCAUUACCACACAGACGAGGGCCUUCAGUCAUGAGGGAUGCCCCCCCACAACAUCUCCACAUAGCCGGCUGCCGUUUGACGCCCCUGCACGACCUGAAGCUCCAUUGUUCCACUGAAGGAUCAUGAUGGUGGAAAACAUCUCAGGUUGUCAUGCCAGUAACGUUGGAAGCCAUCAGGACCGUCAAGGGAGAAUCAAACUUUCUUCCACCUUUCAAUGUCCCAUGUUUGGUGCUCUCCUGCAAAUUCCAACCUUGAAGGACACGAUGACUUUGAAGAUGUUGUUUCUUCUCUGGCAGAUGACGUCUGAUGGUUAUCGGACUGCACUCGGUACCAGUAACAACCUUCAUUUGGGCCGAGGAUGGUCCCGUGUCCUGUUGGACAGACGUUUUUUUGCGUCUACCACUUGACGUUUUUGUUCCAUGGGGAUGUUUUUGUUCAGUUGAAAUGAGUGUCUUACUGCGUCCAACCUCAGCAGCAAUGGUGGCUGCCAGAGAGAGGCCUUGCUUAUGCAGCUCAACAAUCAAAGACAGAAAGCUUUGUUGCCUUUGCCAUCAAGAGAUGAUGACAGAGUGAAUACCUGACACUACAUCACAUUCAAUCCACAUUUUUACCAACAUUUAAAGGCUGUGCUCUUCCACUUUUGAUCAACAGCCUAUUUCACUUGAAUGCUUCUUUUUGUCUCCUCCCAUUUCUUCCUUUUGCAUUUUGAAGCUCUCCUUAGAACCUCCUUAAGAUCCCACAGUGCAGAAUAUACGUCCUUGUAAUUUUUCAACUGGUCUUAAAAUUUUGGAGGCAUUAAGUAGACUGUCGUGUGAAUAUCAUGUCAGACCCCAAAUACCAAGCAAAACAUCAACUACUUUCACCCCAAAUAACCUGAAACUGUUGUCAUAACAUCCUUCCAACUACUUCCAGCCAGUGCUAGUUCCGCCAUGCAUACUAACAUUGGAGUAAAAAGCACUCCGCCAUAUCAUGCAUCCUUGGUGGUGUUGAUUCCACACUCAUCACAUCGCCUGCUCGCCAUGCAGGAUUUCUAUGGAAGACAAUACAGAUGCCUUGCUUGUUUUUUUCUUCACCGACGUUGUGCACUGAAUCAAGCCACAAUAUUGUAAAAUACAUGAAUGGGGAAGCGGGCCGACUGGUCCGUGGCUUGGUACUGGUCGUUUUGUAGAGCAGGUAGAGAUGGCCAGAUUGUCCUCAAAAACGCUUACUAACAAAAACACCCUUGCUGUAAAAAAAAGUGUUUAAAAAAAGCAGCUAGUUGCGGUAUCCUUGGCUGUAUUGCUAAAAUUGCUUGUGUAGGACUGUUGUUUUUAUGUGAUUAUUUAUUCAGUAACUGGGUCAUACACAUAAACAUUGUUGGCUUUUGACCAAAAGUACAGAUGAUGAAGCGCAUGAUGAAAAUAUUUUAUUUAUUUGUGUGUCUGCUGGGAUUCUCUCACUCUUAUCAAUUCUUGCAGGUGUGUCGUCGCGGUAACACUGUUUACAGUCAACUUCGUAAAGGCUACACACACACACACAGUGGACCACAUAGAUUACUGAUUUAGCCAUAGCAUAACUUGGUUUGAAAUUACAUUUGAAUAAUUAAUGGAUUUAGCUCUUUAGCUAUGUCUUGCCACAAGUUAAUACUCCAGCUUGGUGUCUGUCCACUUGAAAUACGCUGUCUACUCGUGUUUGUGUCAAUACUAUUUAAUAUCUGCUGUGUACAAAAGGAGAGCUAAUGACACAAGUUGUAGGCCUAUCACAAGGAGAAAAAUAAAAGUUAUUUCACCAAACAA